AUGUCGGACAUGAUACUAAAAGACAAUGAGAUUCUCCAUUAUCUUUUCUCGCUGCCAGAUGAUCCUGAGGAUUCGGAAGCUGAAGCUGAUUAUCUUGAAGAUGACAAUACUUCCGAUGCAGAGUCAUCUAGAAGUGGUAUGCCACAUGAGGUAUCAGGAAAUCGAACAGCAGGUGGUAGUUCAGACAUUUCACAAAUAACAAAUAACACUGACAGUAGAAUUGCAAAUGUCUUUCCUGAUAUUUUCGCUGAUGAGAACUCUUAUGAAAAGGCUGAACAUAAUGCAUGUGUUAUAAACACUGAAGAGACAGGAGAUCAAGAUAUGGAAGAACCUGUGAGAAGACUUUAUUGCUCGUGGCAUACUGACAGGGCAUGGAGGAAAAAUAUAUGUAUUAAAAUCAAAUCAAAGGAAAGACAGGUUGAAACUUAUAAGCUAGUGAGGAGUUUAAUGCAAGAAAGAGACGUCAUAACAUUUGAGCACGUAUUUCCUUUAGCUCUGGAGCGCCUGGUUUCAGAUCCUGUAACAGCGGUAUUUGGGUUCUACCUCCAAGAACAUUAUGCUAAAAGCACCAGGUGCUGGGCAUAUAGUUACAGAGCCAACAGUGGUAUCAAUACAAACAUGCAUAUUGAAAGGAUGCAUCGAAUAGUAAAAUACAUAUAUUUGCCUGGUAAACAUGUAAAACGGCUUGACAAAUUGAUUCAUGCAUUAAUGAGUUUCGUCAGGGACAAAUUACAAGACAGGCUCAUUAUUCUGACCAAGGGAAAACUGACAAGCAAACUCCAGGAUAUUCGCUCAAAGCAUGGCUUAAGUUUUGAAGUGGUUCAGGAACGCAUAGUUGAAGAAGGAAAAGGCUGGCUUGUACCAUCUACUUCUGAGUUGGGCGUCACUUAUUUUGUGCAGCAAAAUGUGCAAGACUGGAGCUGUAAAUUGAUUUGUAUUGACUGUCAGGCCUGCAUACAUCAACAGUCAUCCAGUUCAGUGAACGUCAGUAAUUUUCGUGAUGUUAAUGAUGACGAGGAUAUAUUACAUAUUUAUGAAGAAGGGGAAUCAGUAGCAAGUGAAAAAGAAAGUAUAUUGGUCGAACUCAGCAGAGGAAAUAUUGAAUCUUCAGAUUUAACUCAGGAGAAGGAGAAAAUGAAAAGCAAAUUGGCUGAAGUGAUUGACACAAUAUCUUCUCCAGGGCAACUGGAAGUUUUUAAACGCCAGCUGUCGAGCUUGAAAGCUACAUUAGCUGCUGUUGACUCCAAUAAAGAUAAUUCAGGAAUUGGCCCCUGCACUACUUCAUCAAGAAGGGAACAAAAUAUACAGCCUCAGAGACGGUUGUUCUCUACAAAGCAGAGGAGGAAAGUGCACCAUUUCGAGAAACCAAGUACAGCUGAGGCACAAGACAUUACUGUUUCUCUAUUACAAGACAGUCAAUAG